GUACACUCAGUCCUGCCGGAGGGGCGGAGAGGGGGAGCGAGAUUUGCUUUGCUUUGCGAUUUGGCCGCACAGGGUUUCCGUAGAUACGCUUCCAAACAUGGCUGCUCCCAUGUGUUAACAUGAGAGUUAGCUGGACUUAGAUGAUACACUGAGUGCAUCAGUGAGGAGACGGAUAGCACACGGUCCACAGUAUCGCUUGUAAUAUUGAACAUCAGCCUUUGAAGAAAAUAAGUGUGGACUAUUGGUGCAGUCACAGACUGUGUUUAUCUUUAUGUUGGUGAGGACAGCUUGUCUGUUUCCCUGCAUCAAAUCCCAUCAUCUUUAUCCUCUCCUCGCCCAUUCGGCCACACAGACAUUUCGUGGCAGCUUAGGCAGAGCUGCUGCUGCUGCUGCCAGCAGGGGGCUGAGAUCCAUGGAGCCCCUUAAAGCUGUUCAAGACCCUGAGAUUCCCACCGUCAAACCCCCUCCUCACACACCUGCUGACUCUUCAGAUGAGGUUGAGACUGCUGCUCCCACACACACAGCAGCCGAGACGGAUAAGACACUUCCUGAGGGGCUGUUACCUGGGGAGACGGUGGUCAAGGAGGGCAAGGCGUCCAUAUUGUUUCCCAGCGCUAACGAGGUGUUUUACAAUCCUGUCCAGGAAUUUAACAGAGAUCUGACAUGUGCUGUGAUCACAGAGUUUGCCAGAGACGUAAUGGCUCAGCGCGGGGUGAAGGUGGUGGUGCCUGGAGAGAAGGAGAGGGUGGUAGUCUCUCUGUCAGAGGAGGCGAACGAGGCCGAGGUACCGAUGGAGCAGAACAACGGAGCAGAGGAGCCAGCUAUCACUGCAACCGUCGGGGAGAAAUGUGAG